UGUUGAAGCGGGCACAGUACUAUAAGUGAAAAUCGAACGCAUCAGACCCAGUUAUGGCGGGACCAGUCCGUCAACCUGUUGACAUCCCCUCGCUAGAACGCUACAUCGACAAGUAUGUUCCUUCAAUUAGUACACCAAUCUCUCUAAAACAGUUUGGCUUCGGCCAAUCAAACCCAACCUACCAGCUCACAGAUUCCAAAUCUGCAAAAUUUGUGCUGCGAAAGAAGCCGCCAGGCAAGCUCGUAUCAAAGACGGCCCAUAAAGUAGAACGCGAAUAUCGAAUCAUCCAUGCAUUGCAAACGACCGAUGUUCCUGUACCAAAAGUUUACUGCUUGUGUGAAGACGACGAAGUGGUCGGGAGCAAGUUCUACAUCAUGGAAUUCCUCGACGGCCGCAUAUUCACAGAACCACAUUUCAAGGAUGUUAGCGCAGACGACAGAAACGAGAUGUGGCACGAUGCCAUACGCACCCUUGCAAAACUACACCGGUUAGACCCAAAGUCUAUCGGACUAGAAUCGUACGGGAAGCCGAGUGGUUUUUACGAUAGGCAGGUGAAGACAUUCACUGCGCUGGGGGAGGCCCAGAGCAAAGUCAAGGAUAUCGAGACGGGGAAAGAGGUCGGUGAAGUUCCCAGAAUGAAAGAUUUAGUCAACUUCUUUACGGGCAAGAAGGGCCAGCCGAAAGAUAGAGGGGUACCAAUCCACGGCGACUAUAAGAUUGAUAACUUGGUAUACCACAAAACUGAGCCGAGGGUGAUUGGGAUCCUGGAUUGGGAAAUGUCCACGAUAGGCCACCCCCUAUCCGAUCUGUCCAAUCUCAUCGUUCCGUGGACACUCACUGCGUUCAGCACCGAAAGGAGGAACAGCCACCCCGCUUUCGCUCCCAGUGCGACUACGCCCGGCCUACCAACCCGAGACCAGGCCAUCGCAUGGUACGCCGAAAUGGCUGGUUGGGGUCCGAGACCUGAAUUGGCGUGGGGCGCCGCAUUCGCCAUGUUUAGAGACAGUAUCAUCUUCCAGGGCGUUGCGUCGAGGUAUGCGGUCAGACAGGCAAGUAGUGCGGAUGCGAGGCAGGUGGGCGAAGAGAUGGGUCCUGUGGCAGAAAUUUGCUGGGAGUUGGUCAGACGGGCGAAAGAGGCUGGAAGGGCGAGACCAAGUUUGUAGAUUAUUUGCGGUUAGGUGAUGGAGGAGCAUGGAGACUUGGCUCGAAGGCGAUGUGACAAUAAUGACAAGUAUUUGAGUUCCGCUAAUAUGAGGUGGUUAUGUGAAUGGGGUGC